GCACCCGGUUCUCCCGAGUCCUUGCCGAAGUGUACUGCGCGCUCAGAGCAGCCCGACAGUUUCCAGCCAAACUUCAGCAACUCCUCCCUUGCCGCCACCAUGCCGAAGACGAUCAGUGUUCGUGUAACCACCAUGGAUGCAGAGCUGGAGUUUGCCAUUCAGCCCAACACCACUGGCAAGCAGCUGUUUGACCAGGUGGUGAAAACUAUUGGUUUGAGAGAAGUUUGGUUCUUUGGUCUGCAGUACCAGGACACAAAAGCUUUCUCUACUUGGCUGAAACUCAAUAAGAAGGUGACUGCACAGGAUGUGCGGAAGGAAAGUCCGUUGCUCUUCAAGUUCCGGGCCAAGUUCUAUCCAGAGGAUGUGUCUGAAGAACUGAUUCAGGAUAUCACCCAGCGCCUGUUCUUUCUGCAAGUGAAGGAGGGCAUUCUCAAUGAUGACAUUUAUUGUCCACCUGAAACCGCUGUGCUCUUGGCGUCCUAUGCCGUCCAGUCUAAGUAUGGUGACUUCAACAAGGAAGUGCACAAGUCUGGCUACCUGGCUGGAGAUAAGUUGCUUCCCCAAAGAGUCUUGGAGCAGCACAAACUCAACAAGGACCAGUGGGAAGAGCGGAUCCAGGUAUGGCAUGAGGAACACCGGGGCAUGCUCAGGGAGGAUGCUGUCCUGGAAUAUCUCAAGAUUGCUCAGGACCUGGAGAUGUAUGGUGUGAACUAUUUCAGCAUCAAGAACAAGAAAGGCUCAGAGCUGUGGCUGGGUGUGGAUGCCUUGGGUCUCAACAUCUAUGAGCAGAAUGACAGAUUGACUCCUAAGAUUGGCUUCCCUUGGAGUGAAAUCAGGAACAUCUCUUUCAAUGAUAAGAAAUUUGUCAUCAAGCCUAUUGACAAAAAGGCCCCGGACUUUGUGUUCUAUGCUCCUCGGCUUCGGAUUAACAAAAGGAUCUUGGCCCUGUGCAUGGGGAAUCAUGAGCUGUACAUGCGUCGGCGUAAGCCUGACACCAUUGAGGUGCAGCAGAUGAAGGCCCAGGCUCGAGAAGAGAAGCACCAGAAGCAGAUGGAGCGUGCUCUACUGGAAAAUGAGAAGAAGAAGCGUGAGCUGGCUGAAAAAGAGAAGGAGAAGAUUGAACGGGAGAAGGAAGAGCUGAUGGAGAAGCUGAAGCAGAUUGAGGAGCAGACCAAGAAGGCUCAGCAAGAACUGGAAGAACAGACCCGCAGGGCCCUAGAACUUGAGCAGGAACGGAAGCGUGCCCAGAGUGAGGCUGAAAAGCUGGCCAAGGAGCGUCAAGAAGCUGAAGAAGCCAAGGAGGCCCUGCUGCAGGCUUCUCGGGACCAGAAGAAGACUCAGGAACAGCUGGCUUCAGAAAUGGCAGAGCUGACAGCACGGAUCUCCCAGUUGGAAAUGGCUCGAAAGAAGAAGGAGAGUGAGGCUGAGGAAUGGCAGCAAAAGGCCCAGAUGGUCCAGGAAGACUUGGAGAAGACUCGCGCUGAGCUGAAGACAGCCAUGAGUACCCCUCAUGUGGCAGAGCCUGCUGAGAAUGAACAUGAUGAGCAGGAUGAGAAUGGAGCCGAGGCCAGUGCUGAGCUGCGGGCUGAUGCUAUGGCCAAGGACCGCAGUGAGGAAGAACGUACCACUGAGGCAGAGAAGAAUGAGCGUGUGCAGAAGCAUCUUAAGGCCCUUACUUCAGAGCUGGCCAAUGCCCGAGAUGAGUCCAAGAAGACUACCAAUGACAUGAUCCAUGCUGAGAACAUGCGACUGGGACGAGACAAAUACAAGACCCUGCGCCAGAUCCGGCAGGGCAAUACCAAACAGCGCAUUGAUGAAUUUGAGUCCAUGUAGUGGGCGGCAGCCGUUAGGGACCCCUCCUCCUUCUUCCUUGUCCCCCACACUCCUAUAGUUUUGCCUAACUAACACUGUGCUGGAGCCACUAACUAGAAAAGCCUUGGAGCCAUACCAAACAUUCAGUAUAGCCAUGGGACCAAAUUUAGUUUCCCUAUUCAUAUCCUUGGGCAAACAAAUGGCCCACUGUGGUGCCAAUGGAACCUCCUCUUCCUUCUUUGUCACACUCAUUCAACAUAGCUCUCUAGAAUAGACCAUUUCCCC